AUGAGACCCUCGAUUGGAAGACCGUCGGUGGGCCGACAAAGCAGUGUUGGAGUUGGAAGACUUUCUACAGGGUGAGGAAUUCAAUUUUUGUAUAAGAAAGCUUUUUGCUAUUCAAGCCAUUACAAUAUAUUUUUUAUAUUGGAGAUACAGAAAGCUUAAGUUUUCAAUUUUUAAAAUUUUUUGCGAUUUUUUAAUACAUUUCAUAUCUUUUACGUACUUUAGGACUAACUACAACCGAUGGUCAGUAGCAUCUUCAUCCGUUCGUCGUCCGUCGAUGGCUCCGAACAAGAAAAGCACGAAAGAAGAAGAUAUUUGUGGAUUGAUGAGGUUCUUCGACGACCAAGGAGUUCAGUUCAACUAUUCGGAGCGAAGUCUCAAGAAUCCUCAACUCAAUGACUUCAGAACAUGGCUGGAGUUCAUCGUCAAAUGUAUUGAUCCAAAUUACAAGGCUGAGAAGGAAAUUGAAAAGGUAUUAUUAUAUUUUACUCUAAAAAAUUAAAAAAAAAUUAAGUUUUAGGUAACAAUUUAAACUUUUUGGUGCUUUUAAAUAAAAAAAGAAAGGUAGAGCGUAUACAAACGUAAAAAUGACAUUUUUCUCAAAAAAUUAUAAUUUCAGACUAUGCCAGCUUUAUUCUCGGUUUUACAUUACCCAUAUGUCAUCAAACCUUCCAUGUGUAUGACUGUCAACUCUCCACAUAACUGGCCUUUCUUCUUGAAGGCUCUGCAUUGGCUGACAAAAGUUGCCACUAGACCGCAGAAAGCCUAUCGAAAUGAAGAGGAUGACAAUGCUGUAGGUUUACUAUAAUAUAUUUUUUAUGAAAACUAAAAGUUUUAGGCUUAAAAGUUAAUAACUUAAUAAUUUUUUACAAGUUUCUAAAGAUAUUUUUUUAAUAAUUUUGAUAUUACAGUACGUGGUAUCGUACGUUAUUCACUGUUGUAACCUACCAGAAGGUGAGGACAUUCAACCAACGUAUGAAAUCUUCAAAGAACUCAUAGUUGAAAGUGAAUCACAGACAGAAGAAGAGAAAGAAGUAGAGGAAUUGAGACAGAAAAUGGUCGACUUGAAGUAUAGCAUCGAAUUGGUAGGUCUUUUGAGCUUCAUAAGGUCUUCGAAGUUUUUAUAGGGUGUAUUAAUACUGGCAUUUGGUCAAAAUAGUCUCUUUUAAUACUUGGAAUCGGUCAAAAGGUCUGUGGGAUUGUAUGCUUUUCAGGAAGAGAAGGCUGUCUGCUCAAAUGAAGCCGAGAAAGCCACACAAAUGAAAAAGAAGGAAAACAUGGAAAGAGAGGUAGAAGAGAAGAAAGAAAAAAUGAAUGCAUUGGUCGUGGAAAAGGUAUGGUAACAUAAAAUUAGUUAAAAUGAAGAUUUAAAUCGGAAAAUUAAGGAAAUACAAAAAUAUAAUAAAAUGUUACCUAAUUUAUCAAAAAAUAUUAUUUUCAUAUAUUUUUUUGAUCAUUUAGGUUGAAAGUUAUAUAAUUUUUGAUGAUUUUAUGCGAAGAAUUGUGAAUUAAACUUUAAUUUUGUAGGAGAACAUCAUAGCCGAACACAAUAAUUUGACAGAAAAGGUAGAAACACAUUGUCAAGAGAUAGAUGAACUUAAGAACAAGAUCAAGGCACAGCCAAUGACCGCGGAUGAAGCAAGAGCUUUGCUGAAGAGGAGAACUCAGGUAAGACAAGGGGAGGAUAAGAGAGGUUGUUGAAAAAUUUUUUGUCGAAAAUUUUUUUUUUUAAAUUUUAUUUAUUUAUUUAUUUUCAAAAAUUUAUUAAUUUUAAAGGAUUAAAUUGAAAUUUUUAAAAGUUUUAAGCAUGUGAAAGCCUAAAAUCUGAUAUUUGAUAAGAGAUUUUGACUAAAAAUGACAUUUUUUAGAUGUUUUAAGCUUUUAUUUUUAAAGUUUUAAUUUUCAGUUGAGACAAGACAUUCACGACAAGAAGUCAGAAGCCGAAAAGCUCCGCAAAGCUCAUACAGACACCCAGAGUAACUAUCAAAAAACAAAUCACACCAAGCUAGGCCAAUUCAAAAAGUUUGCAAGUGACUUGGCAAGCAUGGCUAGAGAAGUAGGAGUUCAAGCUGAACUGGUCGACCAAUUAGAAACAGCUUUAUUCGGAAAAGCGAAAGACGUACUGAAUACAGAAGGCAUGAGUGGAGCUGUGGCACAAUCGUUUCAAACAAUGAUUCGGUCUAUAAAUAAGGGGAUUAAGGCUAAAAUUGAAACACUUGGCUUGGGAAGUCUGGAGGAGAAGAUCAUGGGUCAAAGGAAUCAAAAUGAGGACCUACAGGUCAAGAUUAAAAUGGUAAGGUUUGAAAUUUAAAAUAUUUUUGAAAUUUUGAAUUUUUUUUUUUAAUUCUUGAAAAUUUUUUUAUAAAAUUUAAUUUUGUGGCUUUGGCAUGUUAUUGUAGGUCCUUUUUGUGCUGUUUGAAACAAAAUGUCAUAAAAAUGGCCUUCAAUUUUAAAACAUAACGAUAUUGUUGUAGACGAGAGAAGGCUACGAAAUGGACCUAGAGAACGACAGAACCAGAACUAAGGAAUUCGAAAGAGCCGUUCAAGAAAGCCGAGAUAUAUACGAAAGUAUCAAGAAUGAAUGUGGAAUCGUUAACGAAAAGGUAAAGAUAAUAAGAUAGGUUUUCGUUUUUAAUGGAUAUUAUACUUGGUCGAUCAAAAAGUUGGUAGUAAGGCUGAAAAGCAAGGUUAAAUUGACUUAUAGUGGAUGUUCUGUGUACUUUUUAGUCGUUGAUGACUAUUAUAUGGUCUUUUAUUAGCAUCAAAAAAGAGCCUUUUAUUAUUAAAAAAGAGAGUAUUGACGGACUUUUUGAUUGAGUUUUACACUUAUUUUGAUCAUAAAGUAUGAUCACAUCACUUUCAAUAUUUAAGCAUCUCCAUUUUCAGUCGAUUGAACUAGAAAGAGCAUGCAAAACUGAAGAAAGAACCAAAUCCCAGCUGGUAGCAGAACAAGCCACCGCCAUCUCCACCAUGAAGAACAUUGACAUGCUGGCCAAAGACUUUUACACAGAGGUCUACUCGGAAGUGGUCCGAAUCAACGAGGAAAUCCAGAAGUUGUGUCAGAUCGAAGGCAAACUGGAGCAGAAGGCCAAGUUCAGAAUCGACGAGCUCAAGACCGUCACUAACAACAUCAAGAAGAUCCAGAAGGCACAUCGUGUCCUACUGGAGACGAAGCCAAACGAAAACGUUAACUUCCUUCCAUAA